CCAUGGACUUUGAGCUAUGAGAAAUCCUGACCCAGAGAUUGCCAAAGCCCGAGUACAGUUUUGAGUGAAAAUGACUGCUUCUUGGCUGGUUGUGUGCUCUUGUGUGUGGUAAACCAGCUUUUGUCAAUUGGGCAAUUGCCAUGCGUGACCGGUCGAGGUUGAAGCCGUAUGGAAGUGAGGAGCGACUUAACAUGUUGAUGCAGUCUAAGAGCAUCCUCGAUGAAGCUUUCCUCAUGACUUCUGUGGACCCUGCAGUGACUUCUUGCAGGGCUGCUCUUGAUGCAGAGCUUACAGAGAUCAAUGGGUUAGACACGAGCCCCUACACCCCUGAGCAGCAAGCAAAGAUGGCCGCCUUAGUGAAAGAGAAUAGGGAGAGAAAAAAGCGCGAGAAGCAAGCGAAGUUAAAAGCUAUCGCAGAUGAGCAGGCGGCGAAGAUGAAGGAAAUAGAGGAGCAGAUGGAGAAAAAGAAAAAGGCUGCUGAAGACGAAGUGGCAGCAGAAGAGGACAAAGAAAGAAUGAGGAUUGAAAGCAGAGAAGGGAGUAGUGGCACGGAGAAGGACACAGACGCUGAGAUUGAGAAGAAGAUCAGCGAGUGGGUUGCUAACUUAUCGUUGGGAGAAGAUGAGGAGGCGGAAUCAUAUGUGACUGAGGACGAGAAGGCCGCAUUGGCCGCUGAGCUAGCAGCCAUGACGGACCCCAUGGAGCGAAGAGAGAGGGAAGACGAACAAAAGUUGCAAUGGAAGCUGAGAAUGAAGAGGGAGAAGAGGAGGAGUCUGGGUGGCGAAGCGACUAUCUCUAUCGCUGACUAUUGACAAUGGGAUUCCAUUCUCACUAACCCAAAAGUCAAAGAACUUCUGUACCACUAAGUCUGUACGUGCCUCUGAAGGCAAAGGAACAAAAACUGCGUAUUUAC